CGUUUCCGACGUGACCUUCGGCGACUGCACUCUCGGAUGGUAGCUCUUUCAUUCAUAAUUCCACAAACAAAAACAACAUUGGUAGUAGUAGCACACGCAAAAACAACUACAACUAUCUCUGUCCAGCAAAGGGAUCGCUCCAGCAGAGAGACCUCGACGACGUCGUUCCUGUUCAUUCAUAACGGGAAAGUAUCCAUCCAGGAGGAGUUUGUUUUUCCAUUUCGCUGGCUGUCACUUUUUCACUUCGCCGUCCGUGCAUCGAGCGCGUCGCACCCGCCGUGCACUCCGAGCCAGCCACACAGCCAGCAGACCCGUCCCGCAACCACACGAGGAAACAAAGAAACGCAAUUUUUCUCAUCGCUGCCCUACAUCCGAAUUUUCGUCGCAAUUUCCUAGUACCAAUUUGCCGCAAGUACAAAGUUGUAGCUAAAAUAUAUUGCAUUAAUCGGUGAAGUAUCGAAAGUGAACAUAUACAGUGCACUUAUCGACGACAUUUUCAGAGUAAAGUAACAUUAGGAAGAAUUUGCUAGGUUCUGGUCGUGUGUUUUUUUCGGUACGGGACGCGUGUUUGUUGCCGAAAACAAGCCCAUACAACGUCAUGGAGGUUAGCAACGAAAAUCAAAAGAAUGGGGACAAAGUGCCUGCCAAACCGGCCGAGGAUCGCCCGACUGCCGCCGAACGGACGGACCUGCCCGGAACCGAAACGCCGGAAAAGGAUGAGAAACUGGUGGCCAACCUGCGUCAGCAGAUUCCGGACAUCGACAACAUUUUCAACAUCCACCGGAAGAUCGGUCGCGGUACGUUCAGCUCGGUUUUUCUCGGUACCCUGAAGUGCCACGAGCGGCUACCGGUGGAGAAGCGAAAGCUCUUCGCCAUCAAGCACCUGGUCCCCACUAGUCACCCGAGCCGCAUCGAGCGGGAGCUGCGGUGCAUGAUGCUGAUCGGAGGCGCUAGCAAUGUGGUCGGGGUGGAUUUGUGCCUCCGCCGGCAGGAGUCGGUGGCAUUCGUGAUGCCGUUCAUAGCCCAUGAUCAGUUCCAUGUGUACUAUGACAAGAUGACUCCGGCUGAGACGCAGCUGUACAUGAAGAAUCUGUUGAUCGCCUUGAAGCGGGUACAUGAGUUCAACGUAAUCCAUCGGGAUGUAAAACCGAGCAAUUUCCUGUACAAUCGUAAGAAGCAAACUUUUUUGUUGGUCGAUUUUGGACUGGCGCAGGAUAUUAGUAGUCGUGUUGUUAAGGAAGCAACCACUGCAGCAGAGGACAAGACUGGAAAACGACGGUUAUCUGGAACUGCGGUAGAAGGUAGUCAGCAGAACUCGGAUGCCAUCGUGCAGGUUCCGAAGAAGAUUAAACUACAGGAUGAUAACAUGGAGAAUAGUACAACACUCGUCCGUGGCGAGGAACAGGAACUACAGCCCCCACCGGUGUUCAAGACACCUUUGAAACAAUCGAACCAAAUCAUCUCGCCGAUGAAACUCUCGAAUAUAACGAAAGAUCUGUAUAGCUCGCCGCUAGUUCGGCAAAUUAAGUCCACCGUGCUGGGAAUCAGCAGCAACCUGAAGGCAGCGCAACGCCAGCAACAAGGUCGAAGCGGCAACCCAACAGUGCCGGCACCCAUCCCUCCGAAAACAGUGACCGGUGGCUCAAGAACGCACCAAUACAACACGUCCUCAUCGGCCAGUCCGGCCGCCAAACAGGAUGCCGUGUGCAAAUGCUUCGGUAAAAGUCAAGUUUGCAACAUCUGUAUGGUGAAGAAGGAGAUGCAAGCAUCUCGCGCCGGAACCCCCGGAUAUCGUCCACCGGAGGUUCUGUUGAAAUAUCCUGACCAAACCACCGUUGUGGAUGUUUGGGCUGCCGGUGUAAUGUUCUUGAGCAUCCUGUCGCGGUGCUAUCCGUUCUUCCAGAAUUCGGACGAUUUCCACUCUCUGGCCGAAAUUGUUAGCAUUUUCGGCGACCAACGCAUCAAAAAGACUGCCAACCUCUUGGGGCGUCACGUCAAGACGGCCCAACGGAAGCAACCGUUGGAUCUGCGAAAGCUGUGCCUGCGCCUGCGGUUCCGCUUCCGGCGUCUGCGAGCUCGCCAACAGCAACAGGAAGAAGAAUCUGCCGCCACGUUUGCCAACAGCUGCGACAACUGCCAGCAACGUCUGGACGAGUGUCUUUGCGAGCAUUCCGAAGCCAACAGGGACUUUUCGGAGGACGAAUAUUCCGACAGUGCCUACGAUCUGCUGUACAAACUGUUGGAGAUUAAUCCGCAUAACCGCAUCUCUGCCGAGGAAGCUCUCAAGCAUCCAUACUUCCAGCAGUCCUUCUAAGAGAUGUGGUUGACGGCCGAAAAAGUAUUAUAAAUUUAUCGAUGCGAUCUCCCAGCCGAGAAAUUCGAAAAUGCCAACAUUCUUUUCGAAUAAAUUCUAUCUAAUUUAAACUAAGAAACAUUCUGUAGGUCAAAUUAGCAAAAAAAACAAAGCAUGUUUCUUAUAGAGAUCUUAGAAAAAUUCCCUCGUUCUUGUAGAACGAGUCAAAAUUCAAUGUGGGUGUGAAAUUUUGUUUAAUUUAUUUUAAUUGAUUCUAAUCUAUUUAUUAAAAGCAAAAGCAACCUGAAUGUGUACUCUUUUGAAGAAUAAUAAAAAAAUCGUCGUUUUAUUUAGAAAUCGAACGGCAUGGACUGAACACUGAUGAACAACACUUAUUCUAGGAGUAAAUAGCUUCUAAGGACAACUAAAUCACAGAGGCAAUAAAUGUAACAAAUACAAAUACAA